GAACGUUAAUUGAUUUUUUUUAAUUUUUUUUUUUGGGUUGUUGUUGUUGUUUUUUUUUACUUGGGCUGGAUGAGAUGUCAUUCACGAUGGAGGAUAACUUGGAGUCCGGGUGGGUGUCCGUCCGACCCAGAGUGUUUGAGGAGAAAGAGAGGCACAAAUUCGACUUCAUCGUGGCCUGGAACGACGUCGAGGGAAAGUUCGCCAUAACCUGCCACAACAGAACCGUGCAGAAGCGGGCCACGUUUCCGGACGGCCACCCCGCCGAUGUGCUUCCUGGCCCCGGUGCCUCCGUGGCACAAACACGCACAAAAAGUCCCGUCACGACGAGGAAAGAUGAAGCCGAUAUGGAGAUCCUGGACCCCGUGGACGUCCCGCUGUCUCCGGACGAUGCACACCUGGCUGAGGGCGACGGCGGCGGCCGCGAGGACUUCAGCUGGGCCGGGCUGCUAUCCUUCCAGGACCUGAGGGCGGCCCACCUCCAGCUGUGCGCCAUCAACUCGGACCUGGAGCCGUGUUUGCCCUCCUUCCCCGAGGAUCAGUCCGGGGUGUGGACGGUGCUCUUCGGCGCCCCCGGGCUGUCGCAGUGGGAGACGGACGCCCUGUGCUUCCAGCUGAAGGUGUACCUGGGUCACGCCCUGGACACCUGCGGCUGGAAGAUCCUCUCGCAGGUGCUUUUCUCCGAGAGGGACGACAUGGAGGAGUACUACGAGAGCCUGAGCGAGCUGAGGCAGAAGGGCUACGAAGACGCUCUGGAGCGGGCGAAAAGAGGCAUGCAGGAGGUCUGUCUGGAGACGGAGCGGCUCGGUCCUCGCCGUGUGGAGAGCCUGAGGAAAGAGGAUGAGGAGUGGCAGAAGAAGGCUCACGCCGCCGUACUGACCAUACAGGACCUGACCGUCAAAUUCUUUGAAACCACGACCCGGGCACAGAAAGCUUUGUACGAGCGGAUGCGUGCUGACCAGAAGAAGUUCGGCAAGUCGGCGUGGGCUGCAGCCGUGGAACGCAUGGAGCGGCUGCAGUACGCCGUUUCCAAAGAAACACUGCAGCUGAUGAGGGCCAAAGAAAUCUGCCUGGAACAGAAGAAACAUGGCCUGAAGGAGGAGAUGCUGCGUCUGCAGAGUGGGGAGGAUGCAAUGCUGCGUCUGGACCAGCUGGAGGCGCUGUACUACGAGCUGCAGCUGCAGCUGUACGAUAUCCAGGCCGAGGUGCUGCGCUGUGAAGAGCUGCUGCUCACUGCUCAGCUGCAGAGUCUACGCAGGCAGAUGACCGAGUGUCAGGAUGAGGUGGUGUACUACGACGCCUUCGAGAGCCCCGACGCCAUGAAGGGCGACCAAGACCUCGCCAGCCCGCCGUCCCCCCUCAGGAAUGAAGAACUCGCCGUCCUCCAGCAGAGGACGCGGCAGCUCGAGGCUCGCCGGGGCCGCAUCACUGCCAAGAAAGUCUACCUCAAAAACAAGAAGGAAAUCUGUAUCGUCAACCACAACCAGAAGAUACAACAGCGACGAGGUAGCCAUGGCGACGGCAGUUCCCUGCAAACGCUGCUGCAGGGAGAAGCUGAGGAAGACGAAGGUAAGAGAAACGCCACAGUGAGUCAGGAGAGGAAAAGGACUCUGGACCGACUCCGCAGUCAGCGUUACCCGGGUCAGCUGACUCUGAAGUCCAGCCGUCUGCGUCUGAAUCCGCCUCACAGCCGGCGGCGAGCGGCUCAGCAGCCGAGCACGCAGGCGGUCAGCGUUCAGACCGACUGCUCCGAUCUCCCAGAACUCUCUGCUCCGCCCGACGGCUGCGUCUCCUUACCGACGGUUCAACUCCCAACUGUCGACUCUUCACCUCCCUUCCUCUCGCUGCCUCCCCUCUCAGCCUCCCCGUCUGUUCUCUCCCUCGCUCCUCCUCCUCCUCCUCCCCCGCCUCCUCCUCCACUUCCUCCCUCGGAGGAGCAGCAGGGCGAGGGGACGGAGACGGGCAGCCCGCUGCGGCAUCAAACCUGCGAGUCCAAAUGUUCCUCGCUGCCUCUGACUCGGUUCUCCCCUCGAGUGUUCGACAGCAGCCAGCUGCUGACGGCGAGGACGAAGCUGAAGAAGACGACCUCGCUGGACUCGGGGAGGAAAGCGAGCACCCCGAUGGACGAGGUCCUGGCCACUCUAAAGCGGGGCAGUUUCCACCUGAGGAAGGCCGAGCUGCGGGUUCUGGCCCCCGACCCGGACGACGACAGCGACAACAUCCUGGCUCAGAUCCGCCAAGGCAUCCGGCUGAAGAAGGUACGGACCCAACCGGAGCAGCGGCGCCAGGCCAAGAGCUUCCCCCACGCGGCCGACGCUCUGACCCGCAGCAUCCACGAGGCGCUGAGGAGGAUCAAAGAGGCGUCGCCGGAGUCGGAGUCCGAGGACGAAGGUCUUCCCUGCACUGACUGGGAGAACUAGCUCCUGUUUUACGUUAAAACUUCUUCUUUUACGAAGCCAAAACGAAGUCACGAGGACGAGCGAGGGUUAAAAAUCACCGGAGAACAAAAACCCCUCGACUGUUUUUAUACAUGCAGAAGAAAACUGCUCAGAAGUGUUUUAGCUCUCCGUACUUCUGUCGGUAAAGACUCGUUUUUUUUAACGUUGUUGUUGUUGUUGCUGUGGCUUUGUUGGCGAGGAACGCAACCUCCGACCUCUCCGUGUCAGAGUCGUACUGUAGCUUUGCUGUGAUGGGUUUGUUUUCUCUUCACUCAACACGUGUGUGUGACGACCUUUUGUACUGUACGUUGUAGAAGGUGUGUGUGUGUGUGUGUGUGUGUGCGCAGACUGUUGACCCUUCGUACGCCGCCAACAACUCUCCAGCUGCUCCUCUAAAUGUGUUUAUGUUGUUUAUUUGUGUAUUUAACAAAUCAACCAGCCUGUUUUUAUACAAAGAGUAAAAUAUGAUACGACGACGACAUCAAACCGUCAUCGCUCAGAGGUUUUAGAGGGGAGGAGUUGUUGUUGUUGUUGUUGUUGUUGUGUGAGGUGAAAACAACAGUAGGUUAGUUAUUGUAGCUCUGAUUGGAGCAGCACUUUAAAACCCUUCGCGCCCAAACGAACUCACACCGACGACGACGCUCUCUCCGAUAUCCACUGCGGUUAAACGUCUAUGAACCUUUUUUACUCUUUUUAGGUUCAAUAUUAAAGUAAUUCAGAGAGAUCAAUAUGUUUAUGGAUACACUGCAAACAGGAAGUGCUGAUCAGUUAUUCUAAUAAUAAUAAUAAAAUAAUAAUAAUGAUAAUAAUGAUAAUAAUAGUGACACAAUCCAUUAGUAUGUGCUGUAUUUGUUCUGCAGUGUUUAAAGAGGAGAAGAAGAAGCUCCAAU